AUGACUACUCGUCAAGCUUCAGCUGCUGCUGUUGCUGCGUCUUCUGCUGCUGUUAAUAAUAUAAUAAACACAGGCUCAACAAAUCAUCAAUCCCAUCAUCAAUCUCACCAACAAAUAUCUAGUAAUAAUACAUCCAAUUCUAAUACUAAUAAUAAUUCAUCAUCAAAUAAUUCCACUAUAGUUGGUUUACAUUAUAAAAUUGGUAAAAAAAUUGGUGAAGGUUCAUUUGGUGUUAUUUUUGAAGGUAUAAAUAUGAUUAAUCAAAUUCCUGUUGCAAUAAAAUUUGAACCAAGAAAAACUGAAGCUCCACAAUUAAGAGAUGAAUAUAGAACUUAUAAACAUUUAAAUGGAUCUUAUGGUAUUCCACAAGCUUAUUAUUUUGGUCAAGAAGGUUUACAUAACAUUUUGGUUAUUGAUUUAUUAGGUCCUUCACUCGAAGAUUUAUUUGAUUGGUGUGGUAGAAGAUUUAGUGUUAAAACUACUGUUCAAGUUGCAGUACAAAUGAUUACUUUAAUUGAAACUUUACAUGCAAAUGAUUUAAUUUAUAGAGAUAUAAAACCAGAUAAUUUCCUUGUUGGUAGACCUGGUCAAAUUGAUGAAAAUCAAAUUCAUUUAGUUGAUUUUGGUAUGGCUAAACAUUAUAGAGAUCCAAGAACAAAACAACAUAAUCCUUAUAGAGAGAAAAAAUCAUUAAGUGGAACUGCAAGAUAUAUGUCUAUAAAUACUCAUUUAGGUAGAGAACAAUCAAGAAGAGAUGAUUUAGAAGCAUUAGGUCAUGUUUUUUUUUAUUUCCUGAGAGGUCAAUUACCAUGGCAAGGUUUAAAAGCUCCAACAAAUAAACAAAAAUAUGAAAAAAUUGGUGAAAAAAAACGUACUACAGUGGUUAAUGAUUUAUCAAUAGGUUUACCAAAUCAAUUUGCUAUAUAUUUAGAAACUGUUAGAAAAUUAAGUUUUGAAGAAACUCCAAAUUAUGAAGGUUAUAGACAAUUAUUAUUAAGUGCAUUAACUGAUAUUGGUGAAACUGCUGAUGGGAAAUAUGAUUGGAUGAAAUUAAACGGUGGUAAAGGUUGGGAUUUAUCAAUAAAUAAAAAACCAAAUUUACAUGGUUAUGGACAUCCAAAUCCUCCAAAUGAAAAAGAUCGUCAUCAUCGUCAUCAACAACAACAAAGAAACAAGAGACAUAAUCAACAAAUUCCAAUCCCUGUAUCAAAUCAUAUUCCAAUUAAUCCAAAACAACAACAACCAUUACCAACAACUCAACCUCUUAAUCCACAAAUGUUUAAACAACAACCUCAACCACCAUCUUCACAACAACAACAACAGCAGCAACAACAACAGCAAAAUGAAUUGAAUACUUCAAAUGCAUUAAAUCAACAACAAUUUCAAAAUAAACAACCAACUCCAAUUAGAGAAAAAGUUAAUUCUUCAAGUGGUAUAAUUGAAUCAAGAACUAAUAAUAUUAAUCAACAAUUAAAUGAUGAUGAAUCAGUAAAGAAAUCAGGUUUUAAAAAGUUUUUCUGUUGUGCAUAA